AUGGGAGAUGAAGAUGUAAUACGACGACGCCUGCUAAUAGAUGGAGAUGGUACCGGUGACGACAGAAGACUUAAUGUUUUGUUAAAAACUUUAAUUAAAUGGUGUAAUGCAACUGACGACAGUGCGGAAGAAAGUAAGUCUACACAUGACAGAAUGUUAGCACAAUUAGCUCAAUGUGAAUUUGCUGUCACAAAAUCUCAGCUUGGUGCAGAUAUGAUGGCAGCUGAACUUGAAAGCUAUGAAAACUUAUCUAAAAUACUUGAAGAUGGUAUAGAAAUAGCAAAAAAGAAUAUAGAAAAGAGCAAAGCAGAUUUAGCCCAAGCCAAAACAGUCCGAAAAAACCGAAUAGAGUAUGAUGUACUAGCCAAAGUUAUUAGUGAACAACCAGACAGGAAAGAAACUUUAGAUCAAUUGAGUACAUUAAAGAAUGAAUUAAGUAGUUUAGAAGCUACUAAACAACAACUAGAGAGUCGUUUAGGUCUAAGAAAAAAACAAUUUCAUGUUCUAGUAACUUCUAUACAUCAGCUACAGGCAUUAUUAGAUGAACCUGAGGAUACAGAUACUGCUAUAGAGGAUGUGGAAAUGAAAGAUACAAUUGAAUCCUAA